GUACUAAUUUAAGAUUGUAGUUGUAGAUAUAUAAAUAUAUUAAAAUGCAUUCCCAGUUCCGGAUAAGUAACAGUAGUGACAGGGUGAAUCUGGAGAUAGGAGUUCCGCACAUACAGAAACUAUCCGCAGACAGACACUCAGAGGAUAUUAGGAUAUACUGCGAGUUGACCGUAGAAGCUCAGCGACUGCUGAGUCUCGAGGAAGAGAAACUGAGUAAUACAACAGAGACGAUGCUGGUUGAACCCCAUUAUUUUAAUAUAUCUUGCUCAAACCUUACAGAUCAAUUUAUUGCACAGGAGAAGAAGGAAAAAGUAAAACAUGAGAUUACUCAGAAUAAAAUGGCGAAACCAACCGCCGAACCCACCCCGCCGAUGUCCAAGGUGGAGAGACGGAAAAGUCUUGACAAGAAGGGGAUUAGGGAGAAUACCUUCUCCAGAGGAAUGGAGGAAAAGAGAAAAAGGCUGGAGAAUACCGCCAAAAAACCGCCGGAUGUACCGGACAGAGUACCGCCGAUUAAAUUGCCACAGCUUCCGACCACGCCAAUACCCGUGUCGGAGUUACCACCAGACUCUGUAAGAUCGCCGCCUAAAAAGUUGCCAGCGAUGAUGCCGGCGUUUUCCAGCCUUACACCCAUUCCCUUAAAGGAUCUGAACCCGAUACCAAAAACCUCUGCUCUUCCAGCAACAACCUCAAGCUCCGACUCUAUCUCUAUCCAGGUUCCUAUGAUGGGCCCUGACGGAACCCAGAUCAUGCAAACUAUCAAUGUGCCAAAGAGCGUGCUCGCGAGUGCCUCUGACCGUCCGGUGCUCCUCACCGUCACUCCUAAGAACGGGAUCAACAAGGGACAGAAACAGAUUGUUGUUCUCACAAAGAACGCAGGAGGUAUUGGGGCAGCAGUAAAGCCCCACACACAGUUGGGAGUUAAUAAUUCUGCAUCCGGGGUAAACUCUCCCGGUAAAGUUGUUUUAAGUCAACGACAAGGUAUGCCAUCUAGUGCUUCCAGUACAAACUCUCCCAGUAAACCGGUUACAGAUAUAAACAGUUUAUUGUCCCAGUUUAAACCGGUUCCAAGUAGUGAGCUGGUUCAACAAGGAUACCAGAACCUUCCUUCCUCCUCCACCACCUCAUCCCCCUCCUCAUCUACCCCUGGAGUACACAACCUUGUCUCUAGUAUCCUCCAGUCUACUCCGGUCAGAGCUGGUCAAUCAAACCUAGCAGUUCCUCAGCUUGCCAACCUCACACCUAUUCCCCAGUCGGCUGUGCGUCCUCAACAGAGAAUUAUCCAUCAAAUUGUUCGACCAGGCCAAGUUUUACCCAAUGGACAGCAAGUUAUCAUGCAAAACGGGAAACCAUGUCUGGUCUCGGCACCGGCCGCACUGCCGCAGGGAAAAAUAGUGCUAACCCAGAAGGGUCAAAUUAUACAAGGCGCACAGGCGCAGGCUCUGGCGGGUAAAAUCAUUAAUACCUCCCAGGGUCAGUUUAUUAUUGGGGCCAACGGUCAACUUUUAUCCACGCAGAAAUUAAUUCAAAAUCAUUUGACGAACCAGACGGUAAAAUAUGUAACUGUAUCUCAACCAAUGAGAACGGUUGUAUCUGGAUCCGGUGUAGUCACCUACACAUCCGGAGCCGGUUUUGUUAAUGCUGUAGCUUCAAGUCCUCCUGUUAGUACAUCCACUGUAGUAUCAAGUACACCACAAAGAGUAUCCAUAGUCCUUCCACAAACCCCUGUUUCCGGCGCCAGCUCUCAAAGAGGCGCCACUCUGCAAUUAGGCGCAAGUUCUCAAGUAGUAUAUACCCAGCCUGUAGGCGCUAGUCCACAGCAAGGUAGUAACCCUAGAUUGGUAUCCUGCUCCCCCGUAGGCGCUAGUCCGCAGGCAGGGGCUCCAGGACCAUCAAGUCAGAGUAAUAAUCCAGCUUUCAACAGAAUGAUAUUGAACGCUUUGAGUAAUCGAGGACUGCUGAGUCAACAGAACGGAAAGUUUGUUUAUGUUGGGGAUAAAACUGGUUCUCCUGGAGCAAAACCGGUUAUUUCAGGAAGUUCUCCGGCUCAGUCGUCCGUAUCUAUUCCUCUGAGUUCUCUAGGCCAAGUUCAGCAACAAGGGAAGAGUAUGGUUCAAGUGAUAGUCUCCGCUCCGAACCUGGACAGUUUCACGGCGUCUCCAACCCUCCUCAAGAUGGCGUCCUCGCUCAUGGAGAACCCAACCAUAGCGGAGUUGAUCAACACUCCUUGUGAAACCGGGGGUGGAGAUAAUUCUUCCGGGUUGAACGGAGAUAUAAACCUGUACGGAGUGAAAAGUUUGAAACCUGCUGGAAGUGAUAUUAAAUCUAAAGUGUUUUAUUAUCGGGACCCCCGGCUACCAGACUCAUGGUAUGUUGGAAUAGAAUCUAAUAGUUCGGGACAUACUGUGAGUUACUACACCGCCAGCGGGGAAAAACUAAGAUCUUUGUCGGAAGUUGCGCAUUUUCUCAAACACAAGUUGAUGAUUUUACCAAGCUGUCGAGGGAUCAUGCCACCCUGUCCUAUACAGGAGAUUCCUAUGCUAGCAGAGCUUAGUCCUCAGAAUAGACUACUUGUCCCUAAUCUCGUCCUGCCCAUGGUAAAUGCAAGUAGUCCUGUAAUUCGACAAAUAGAUUCAGAGAUAAUUACCACUCAUGGGGUUAAACGACCAGCACCAAUUCCAGUUGGCCAAGAAGAGAAGAAAUCAAAAAUAGUUUUCUUUUAAAUAAAACUUUCCAUUCUUAGAAAAGCUUUAACACAAAAUUGGGAGAAAUAUUUGACCACUUUCAUUUAUUUCACAACACAAGGAAAUACAUAUAUUCUUCGAAAUAUAAACACUGUUGUGUAAAGUGUACACAAUUUUAUAGUUGUACUAGCAUAUAUGUAAAUCACUGCUUGUUAAACCAUGCUAUGCAUCGAUGCGUAAAACUGGUAAAUUAAAAAUUUGUACGCAUAUUCCAGAA